AUGGGUAAUUCAGUAGUUGAAGCCGAGCAGGGGCGCAACUCAUCCCCGGACAACCAAACAACCCUCGAUGAAAAAGAACAAGAGCGAUUGGGCCGUCAGCGGCCUGAGGUCUUCAGUAACACCUUGCAAGAAGUUGGAUUCUGCGCGUCAGUGCUGCUGUCCAAUAUCAUGGCAGAGUUCCUCAUUAGCGGCUUCAACGUCCUUCUGCCUAAUCUCAUAUCCGACCUUCACUUCUCUGCAAAUGACAAGACUUGGCCGUCCAGUGUCUUCUCUCUAGUUGCGGGAGGGUUUCUUCUGCCCUUUGGACGACUCACAGACAUGUAUGGGGGCUUCCCUAUGUUCUUUGCCGGUAAUGCAUGGAUGGCUGCGUGGUCCCUCAUUGGAGGCUUCAGCCGCAAUUACAUCAUGCUGGUCGUUUGCCGCGCGCUUCAAGGCCUCGGCGCGGCUGCCUUCCUGCCUUCAGGUAUCUCCCUGUUGGGCAGUGUCUACCGACCUGGCCGCCGGAAGAACAUUGUCUUUAGCCUUUACGGUGGUUGUGCACCUUUUGGCUUCUUCUCGGGGAUUUUUAUCGCCGGUAUCUCGGGCCAGUUCUUGAGCUGGAGCUGGUUCUUCUGGAUUGGCUGCAUACUCCUGACCUUUGUGUGUAUCCUCACCUUUUUCUGUGUUCCCAGACAGAUUCACCAGGCGCGCAUGCCUAUGGAUUGGUGGGGAUGCGCCACAUCGAUUCCGGGUUUGAUGCUGUUGGUUUAUGCCAUCACCGAUAGCCCUCAUGUACCAAAGGGCUGGGCAUCGCCACAGAUCCUGGUGACAUUCAUUGCCGGCAUCAUAUUUCUUGGAGCCUUUGUUUACGUACAAGGCUGGGUUUCAACAGCGCCGCUUCUUCCUCCCAAGCUGUUUGCCCCGAAGUACACAAUCGCGUUAUUCUGCUGCCUUUUUGCUGCUUUUGGGUCGUUUGGAAUCUAUCUUCUCUAUGCCAGUUUCUACAUCGAGACCAUCCUCCACAUUCCCCCACUGUUGGCUGCCGCCUGGUUUGCACCUCUUGCGAUUGGAGGUGUCAUUAUCGCCAUCGUUGGCGGUGCGGUGUUGCACAAACUUUCAGGAACUAUCCUGCUGCUUCUCUCCGUCACGGGGAUGUUGGUAUCAAGCCUUCUUUUCAUCUUGAUACCUGAAAACCCCAACUACUGGGCGUGGGUGUUUCCCGCCAUGAUCUGCGCGACGAUCGGCAUUGAUAUUAUGUACAAUGUCAGCAAUAUUUUCAUCACCACUAGUGUACGCAGCGAUCAACAGGGCAUCGCCGGGGCAUGCGUCAACGGCCUUCUUUUCUUGGGUAUCAGCUUCUUCCUUGGUUGGGCCGAUUUGGCCGCAGCGCAGGCAUCACCAAACAACCUCAAGAAAGGAUACAAGAUUGCUUUCAUCAUGGGUGCUGCAUGUGCAGGAGCGGCCAUACUAAUCAUUGUGGUGGGGAUAAGGAUUGACAAAGCCAAGGGGGAUCUGACCGCUGACGAGCGCGAGCAAUUGCAAAGUGAAGCCGUUGGCAGCGCUCCCAUGGCGAACCCAGGCAAAGCGUCAUGA